GUAAGUAUGUAAUUUCUUAGCUCCUUAUAAAUUUAGUGUAGGACGUAAUGUGGUUCAGUUGCAGUUAAAGAUCAUAACGUUCCGAGGUAAUUGCUGAGAGUAAAUAGGCUUGCUCAAUUUGCUUCUGAGUCUAGAUAUUGAGCUCAGCUUUCAAGAGCAAAAUGGGAAAAGGAAGCCAAUUUUGGCUGCUAUUAUGGAAAAAUCUUGUCCUGCUAAAGAGAGCUCCAGUGCGAACAUUCUUCCAAAUUGCAAUGCCACUCUUCUUCAUAGUCGUCCUGGUUCUAUUACGAGCGUUUGUCGUCAAAGAUGAACGCAGACCAAAUGUUACUUACUUUGCUUUUGAUGUAAAUGAACUGCCACCAGAUUUGAAUGGUGAAACACAGUGGAAAAUGGCUUUUGCACCCAACACAAGUGAUGUGCGACAGGUUAUGGACAUGGUUGCAAAACAACUGUCACUCGUUAAAGUCACUGGAUUUCAGAAUGAGGAUGAAAUGGUCAGAGUUCUGGUUAGCGAAGAACAAAAUAGAAACAAACCAUCUAAUGAUGCCUUGUUUCUUGGUGGAAUUGCCUUCAAUAAGAGUCUUAACAGUGGUGAUAUCAUCUACAAAAUUCGACUUAGUUCAAAAUCGAAGAAAAAAUAUAACCAAAAGAAAGAGGGAUUUGGCACAGACCCAUAUGCAAACUGGAAUACUCAGUUUACGUUUCCAGUUUUUCAGGUUCCAGGACCUAGAGAUGAAAACUCUACAUAUGGUGGGCCUCCUCAUUAUUUUGAGGAAGGAUUUCUGUCUCUUCAACAUGCUGUGGAUUUUGCUAUCAUCAAGUACAAAGGGAACAUGGCAGAUGUGGACACAAUAGUGUCUGUGAAGAGAUUUCCGUACCCAGAUUAUAUUCAUGAUCCUUUUAUAGUGGCCAUACAAACAACACUUCCUUUACUUUUGAUGUUGUCUCUUAUAUUCACUGCCUUGAAUAUUGUGCGAGAUAUUGUCUAUGAGAAAGAGAAGAAGCUGAAGGAAUCAAUGAAGAUGAUGGGUCUGAAUGGUUGGCUUCACUGGCUGGCAUGGUUCACAAAAUACUUUAUAUUCCUCGUUAUCACAAUGGCAUUAGCUGCAAUUUUUUUCACAGUAAAAUACAAUGAGAAUGGUCGUGUGUUAAACCAAAGCUCACCAUCUCUCCUAUUUGUUUUCUUUACACUGUAUGCAAUAUCAUCCAUCAUGUUCUGCUUCUGCGUCAGUGUGUUCUUCUCCAAGGCAAACAUUGCUGCAGCUGCUGGGGGAAUAAUCUGGUUUGUUAAUUACAUUCCAUACUUCUUUGUUGCACAGAGCUAUGACACAAUGAGCUUAGGAACCAAGGCAGCAUCUUGCCUCCUUUCUAAUGUUGCAAUGUCAUUGGGUGCUGAGUUGAUAGGGAAAUUUGAAGGAGCUGGUACAGGAGUUCAGUGGUCAAAUCUCAAUCACGGAACAUCCAUUGACGAUGAUUUUACUUUUGGUCUUGUCUUAGUGAUGUUUGUGGUAGAUUCAUUUAUUUAUGGCUUGAUUGCUUGGUAUGUGGAGGCUGUCUUUCCUGGUGAUUAUGGAGUUCCACAACCCUGGUAUUUCCCUGUCUUAUCCACUUACUGGUGUGGAAAGAGCAAAGAGGUUAGAACCCUAGAGGUAGAGAUAAGUGAUUUUCAUAGUUUAGCAAAUGGCAUCAAAUCUGGAAUGUCUAUACCUGAAUUCCUAGAAAAGGAGCCAGUGGGUUUGGAACCAGGGAUUGAAAUAAGAAACCUCAAGAAAGUGUUCAACACUGAAAAAGGAAUUAACAUAGCUGUUAAUGGAGUGUCCCUGAAUAUGUAUGAAGGUCAGAUUACUGCAUUGCUGGGACACAAUGGAGCUGGGAAAACAACACUGAUGUCCAUGCUAACAGGACUCUUUCCUGCUACAUCUGGCUCAGCACUUGUCAAUGGAUGCUCUAUAAGUGACAAUAUUGCUGGAGUGCGCAGCAGUCUAGGUCUUUGCCCACAGCAUGACGUGUUGUUUGACCGUCUGACUGUUGAGGAACAUCUGUGGUUCUUUGCCAAGUUAAAGAACUGCCCAUCUUGGCGGGUGAAAGAUGAGAUUGACAGAAUGAUCGAGUGUAUUGGACUGACUGACAAGCGACACACGCAGGCCCGUGCACUGUCUGGUGGAAUGAAAAGAAAGCUCUCUGUUGGAAUAGCACUCAUCGGUGACUCCAAGGUUGUAAUGUUGGAUGAGCCAACAUCUGGCAUGGACCCGUCAGCUCGCAGGUUCACCUGGGAUUUGUUGCAGCAACAGAAGGAAGGAAGGACCAUCUUGCUCACCACUCACUUUAUGGACGAAGCAGACAUUCUUGGUGACAGGAUCGCCAUCAUGGCCGAGGGGAACAUCAAAUGCUGUGGCUCUUCCCUUUUCCUCAAGAACAAAUAUGGUGUGGGCUACCACAUGGUCAUCGUAAAGGAGCCUAAUUGUGAUGUUUCCAGGGUUACUGCUUUGGUCACUAGUUACGUGCCUACAGCAAAAGUGGAGAGUAAUAUUGGUGCUGAACUGUCAUAUAUUUUGCCAAGUGAAGCAACAGGCAAGUUUGAGGAACUCUUUAUCGAGUUGGAAACGCGCCGAAAGGAUCUUGGAAUCGCCAGUUAUGGCGCUUCAGUUACCACGAUGGAAGAAGUAUUCCUCAAGGUUGGGGAAGAAAUGGACAGCACUCUUAGCGAUAAGCUUCAACAGACCGAAACUCCAUCCGUUAACGGAUUGCAAAUGAAUGGAGCUGUUCCAGUGGCAAGUGAAAGAUCUUCAGUUCUAGCACGCAUGGGCGCCUUCGGAUCAUCUAACGGUAGCUAUGGCACGUUUGGCGACUACAACAGUUACGCGCACUCUUCGGGCUUCCGCCUGUUUCGUCAGCGAUGGUACGCGAUGUUUGUAAAACGAUUGCUGCACACCAAGAGACACAAGCUGGCGAUUGUAUCCCAACUUGUUCUUCCUCUCGUGUUCACGCUGAUUGCACUCAUCAAUGCAGAGACUUUACCUCAGCCCACGGACUCUCCACCGCUCACUCUGUCCACUCAUAACUUCCUGAAGAACUAUGUACCCUGGUCGGCAGACGGUUUCAGUGACGCACGUUACCUAGCGAAUAAUUACACAACUCAGUGGUCUGAUGACAAGACACAUCCUAUCCACGUGACUGGUGACAUGGACCAUUACUUGACGAGUCAAGCUCUGGAAAUGGGGCUCGGUGACUUCAACAGGAAAGAUUUGAUUGCUGCCACUUUUAUGAAGCAUAAUGACAAAGUUAAUGCGACCGGGUGGUUCAAUAACCAAGCCUACCAUUCUAUCGCCGUGUCUCUUGCGGCUGCAGAUAACGCCAUCUUGCGUUCUACUCUUGGAACCAACUUCUCAUUAACGACCAUCAACCACCCACUGCCAAGAACAGCACAAGAAUCCAUCAGUGAUUUACAACGCAAUGGCCUCGGAUUCAACAUCGCGUUCAACGUGUUAUUUGGCAUGGCUUUCUUGGCUUCAAGCUUUGUUGUGUUUCUUGUCCAGGAACGAACGAACAAAGCCAAACACGUGCAGUUUGUCAGCGGUGUGGAUCCAAUAAGCUACUGGAAUUCCGCCUACACGUGGGACUUGAUCAACUUCCUUAUCCCCACCCUCUCGAUUUUAAUCCUUGUGGCCGCUUUUGACGUCCCAGCUUACACAGGUCCUCGUCUAGGUUACUUGUUUCUCUUGUUGAUGUUUUACGGCUGGGCCACUAUUCCUCUCAUGUAUCUCUUCUCGUUCGUGUUUCGUACCGCUUCCACGGCCUUUGUAGUGCUAUCUAUUUUCAACAUCAUCACAGGGCUGGCUACACUUCUGACCGUCUUUAUUCUAAGUAUUCCAGAUCUAGACCUCUUAGACGUUGCCGACGCUCUGAAGUGGGCCUUCCUUGUUCUACCCAACUACAACCUCGGCCAGGGUAUGGGUGACAUGUUCAACAACUACAAUGCUAUAGAACUUUUCAACUCUGCUGUUGAUAUGUGUGUUACGACGUACCACAUCCCCAGAACAAACUGCGAAGAAGAAAUUCGAAAAAUAGGCGGCGACAGGCUACAGUUUCAGGAUAAUUACCUGGCCUGGGACAAUCCCGGCAUCGGACGUUACCUGAUAUUUUUGGCCUGGGAAGGAAUCUUUUUCUUCGCGCUAGUGCUGUUGAUCGAGUAUCGCGUGUUUGACGCGUGCACGAGAGUUUUGGCGCGUUUGCGUUCAUACUCUACCGGAGUGUUUACAAUGGAGGGGUCAACCUUGACUGACGAUGAGGAUGUUUUAGCGGAGAAAGAAAGAAUCUUGACGUCUGAAGACAACGAUGAUGUGCUUGUUAUCAAGGAGCUGAGUAAAGUCUUUGCUGGAAAUGGCCGUCGUGGGCCAUUGGUUGCAGUGGAUCGUUUGAGCCUGGGUAUCCCCAUGAGUGAGUGUUUUGGUCUUCUUGGGAUUAACGGCGCCGGAAAGACUACCACGUUUAGAAUGUUGACUGGGGACGAGACCAUGUCAGGGGGGACAGCUUUGGUGGAAGGGUUUGACAUCAGAACCAACACGAACAGGGUUCGUCAGCGUAUUGGUUAUUGUCCACAGUUCGAUGCUUUGAUCGACCAGAUGACCGGAAGAGAGCUGCUUUACAUGUACGCGCGGCUACGAGGCGUACCGGAAGGGCUAAUACCGGACGUUGUUGAGGAUCUGAUUAAUGCCUUGCUGCUCCAAGAUCACGCUAAUAAGUUAACCAGUUCAUACAGUGGUGGCAACAAACGAAAGCUGAGCACUGCCAUAUCACUGGUAGGGGAUCCCCCAGUGGUGUUUCUGGAUGAGCCCACUACUGGUAUGGACCCAGUAGCAAGAAGAUUACUAUGGGAUGCGCUAUCACGUGUUCGAGCUGAUGGAAGGUGUAUCGUUAUAACGUCCCAUAGUAUGGAAGAGUGCGAGGCUCUUUGCACCCGACUCGCUAUCAUGGUAAACGGACGACUGAAAUGCUUAGGAAGUCCGCAACAUCUUAAAACCAAAUUUGGUGAAGGCUACACUUUGCUCGCGAGAGUGUCCAGUGAUACACCCGAUAUCACACCUCUGAAAGAAUUUAUCGAAGGUUCAUUCCCUGGUAGCGUGUUAAAAGAUGAACAUCAGGGCAUGGUCCACUAUCACAUCUGCGACACCAGGGUAACGUGGGCUCAGCUGUUUGGAACAAUCGAGCGAGUUAAGUUGAAUUUCAACAUUGAGGAUUAUUCUGUUAGUCAGACCACGUUGGAGCAAGUGUUUCUGAACUUCGCACGAGGACAGAGAGCAGAAGACGAAUGAUUGUGUACAACAUGAACAGUAGUUAGAUAGCAAAAUAAAUUGUUAAGAUUUGAAUUGUUCCGAUUUAAAAGAUUCAGUUACACUAUCAGAUUUUAAUUUUUUUUUUUUAUAUUUGUAACAAGUUGAGAAAUUUCUUUUAAGUUAAGCGCUGCCGGGCAGCGAUGGAAAUAGUUCUAUAAAUAAAGUAUUAUUAUUAUUUUUGCACACAUUAAAAGACGGUUUGCGAUCGUGGGUAAAAUGGACACGAGUUUCAGUUUUAUCCUAUCCCUACAUGAGAUGUAGAUGAAUUUUUGCACUUCUUUUAAUACAGUAAUUACAUAGAGUCCAAAAAUAUUUUGCCAGUGUCAGCCAUAAAUACAGCAUCAAACACACUGAGGACCUUGUAUUUUUCAUGUACAGAAAGGACUAAGGAGAAAUUUGAAAACGUAGCUUUAUUUCUAUGGUUAGGCCCCAGUCCACACUUGGCGUAGGGUGGAGGGGGCCUAAGAGAGUCCUGCGCUAAAGUUCUCUCUCUCAAAACGGACACCACUGUAAAACACACACGUCCGUUUACAUAAGAUAGAAGUAAUACCAGUCACGCAAGCCGAGGAAUCAGUUGGAAUAAGUUCGUAGAUUAAAUUUCUGUAUAGAUUUGUUGGUCUCUCCACUAGAUGAUAUUCCAUUUAUUAACAUAAAAGUUCAGUAUGCUGUUGACUUACUGAAAACACUGUAAAUGUUUAUUGGUUAAAGUAUUUUUUUUAACAUAUAUCGAUAUUAUCACAGUUAUGUAUUUGGAAAUACAAUGUUCUUAUUUGCUGUC